GUGGCCCCGCUGCAGGUCAAGGGGCCGCCAGGCCCCACUGCGAAGGCGCCUGGUGUGCCGGGGCCCCUGGGGCCGAAAGUGGCGAAGCAGUGCCAGUGGAUUGUGAAGGGUAGCUGUAUGUUCGGCGACGCGUGCGUCUACGCGCGUGGGCCGACGCCGCCGAAACAGGCCACUAUGGCCAAGCGCGCCCAGCAGCCGAAGGUCCCCGAGGCCGACAACCAGAGGGGCGCGCCGAAGGAGCCGCGCCUCCUGUUCGCCAAGGGCAAGUGCCGUUUCGGAAAGAAGUGCAAGUGCAGUCGCGACCUGGCAGCAGACCAUUCUCGAAUUGGAUCUGCUGGACCCGCCGCUCUUGUAGAGAAGAUGGCUGGAAUAGUAUUGUCCUCGUGGCCAGCCGACGACGACGUCGUCGUGGACGAGUGGGUGCUGGACGCGGGCGCUGGCUUGGACGUGACUGGUGCGAUCGCCGACGCGUCGAAGAUCGUUCGCCGAGAGUUGUCUGCCGUCUCGACGGGGGGUGGCACCGUCAAACCGAAUGCAUCAGAGCAGAGGGACAUCCAGGCGCUGGGCGAGACCGUGGACGCCGUGUUCUUGAAGCACUCGCCGAACGCGCUCUCAGUGGGCAGGCGAUGUGCUGAACGAGGUUCUGGUCUUUAUUGGUUUCCGUGGCAUGCUAAACCACAACUGUUCUCGCCGGGCAACGUGCCCAUCGAGUGCCACGUCGACGCGAAUUUCGUGCCGUUCGUGGUAGCACCUCGUGGCGAGAAAAACGGUGGCCUCUCUCAGAUGGCCGCCCCCGCGGUGGUCGACGACCUCGCGCCGCUGGACCCCGCCGCGCCCCCUGUUUCAGACGUCGCUCCGGGCGACGACGUGCGCAGCAAGGGCGACGCCCUCGGCGAGCUCGGGCGCGUGCUUGGCGACGGACCUCGGACCGAACGCGACGACCAGUCAGACAUAAUUUCACGAGAGUCCGAUUUUGUAAAGGUGGAGGUCUGCCCCGAGGAGGAGGAAGGAUAUGAUUGCGUCCCCUGCGAGCGCGCGUUGUCGGCUGAGCACCUGUCGUUGCACCUGCCGAAGAUCAAGGGGACUCCCUUCGGAGCCCUGGUGCACGCAGAUUGGCUAGAGAUGCGGCGGUGCAGCGUAGCGCACCGCAAGGCACAACGAACUGUGAUGUUCACUGACGACAUCACG